CAAUUUGAUCAUUAAAAAUAAAAAGAAGAAGAUUGUGUAAGUGAUGAAAUAGGUUAACUCUUUCACUUAUAACAAAUCUUUUAUCUAUUGAUGGAACAUGUCAGUAACGUUGCACACUGACGUGGGAAACAUAAAAGUUGAGCUUUUCUGCGAAAAUUGUCCCAAAGCUUGCGAAAACUUUUUGGCACUCUGUGCUAGCGACUAUUACAACGGGUGUUUGUUCCAUAGAAAUAUAAAGGGUUUCAUAGUUCAAACAGGCGAUCCUACUGGCACCGGCAAAGGCGGGACGUCAAUAUGGGGCAAAAAAUUUGAAGAUGAAUUUAAGGAGCAGCUUAAGCACAACGUUAGGGGUAUUUUAUCAAUGGCCAACAAUGGGCCGAACACUAACGGCAGUCAGUUUUUCAUUAGUUAUGCCCCUCAACCGCACUUGGAUUUGAAAUAUACUGUAUUUGGGAAAGUUAUCGACGGAUUAGAAGCUUUAGAUGAACUAGAAAAACUGGCGGUCCACCCAAAAACUUACAAGCCGCUAAAUGAUAUAAAAAUUAAUAGUGUUACAAUUCACGCGAAUCCAAUUGCGGGAUAAGUUUUAAUUCAAACAAUCUAAUAUUGACAAGGGUGUAUAAUAAAAAAUAAAGAUUAAAAAAGUGUUACAGUAUUUUGGCGGCACAGCUUGGAAUUAUUCGAGAAAUAAAUGACUAGGCAACAA